GAUAAGCGACAUUGGCUUCAUGGCUGCUGGAGGUAAUGCCAUCGACAUUCAACCACAGAGAAAUGUUUUUUCAGCCAUUCCUGACGGAAAAGUCCCACCAGAUUAUGUGCCUCCUCAGAUGGGGGUGAUGGCCAAUCCACAGAGACCUGUAAACUGCCCUCCGGGCCUGGAAUACCUUGCUCAAAUUGAUCAGCUUCUUGUUAAUCAGAAAGUGGAGUUAGCUGAAGCAAUAUUGGGAUGGGAGACCAAUAAUAAGUAUCUGGUGAAGAACGUCAUGGGCCAGCAGGUGUUCUAUGUGGCGGAGGAGAAUGACUGCUGUAACAGGCAGUGCUGCGGACCCUCGCGCUCCUUCGUCUUACAUAUUCAGGAUAAUCACGGCCUUGAAGUGAUCACCCUGAAGCGGCCAUUGAACUGCUCCUUGUGCUGCUUUCCCUGCUGUCUCCAGGAGCUGGAAGUACAGGCACCACCCGGAAACCCUAUUGGAUAUGUCAUUCAGAACUGGCAUCCAUACCUACCCAAGCUGACCAUUCAAAAUGAGAAAAGGGAGGAUGUCCUGAAAAUUGUGGGUCCAUGUUGUCCAUGCAAAUGCUGUGCAGAUGUGGAUUUUCAGGUUGUGUCUUUGGAUGAACUCACACAAGUUGGCAACAUUUCUAAACAAUGGACUGGUCUGGUGCAAGAAGCCUUCACUGAUGCAGACAAUUUUGGAAUUAAGUUCCCCUUGGACCUGGAUGUGAAAAUAAAGGCUGUCUUAUUUGGGGCCUGUUUUCUCAUUGAUUUCAUGUUUUUCGAACAUAGUGGCAAUCAAUAAGAUUUUUUCCUUGCUCGAAUUCUGUGGACCACGUUGCUGCUUGUGUGUCACUAAAUGAAUGUGCAUGUCUGAAAUAUUUGUUUAUUGGAAACUUUUUUGUAGAAUGGGUGUGUAGGCUACACUCCACUCUCAUAUGAUUGUACUGUUCAGCACUGUGUAAGAAAUGCACAAAAGGUCAAUGUCUGAACAGCUAAAGAUUUUAUUUGUUAUCGUAGAGCUUAUUUUUAUAGACACUAAUUUAGGACUGAAGCCAAAACAUUAUUUUAUUUUUUCUUUCCACUUCCGCCAUCACUAAUGAUGCUAUAAAUUAAUGAAGCAGGUGCCGAAUAGCUUUGUUACAAACUGACUGUUAACAGAUGUUUUUUUUAAGAUGUAGGACAGUGAUGUGAUCAUCAGAACAGAGAACUAAGUGGAUUAUCAGAACAGUCCGCAUCCUUGGAAUGUCUUAGUUGUCAUCAGUGAGGCAUACAUAAGGGAAGAGUACUACAUAUACAGACAUAAUAUAAACAUCCGUCCCCCCAAUUUCAGAACUGCUAUGCGUCAAUGUGUGGCUGCCAUGAAUAAUAAAAGUAAAACCUAUUGAAUAAGUGUAGCCUAUUUCCCCUUCCAUAUUUAGUUCUAAAAACAAACACCUAAUAGUUCAUAUACCAGUGAUUGAGCAUGCUUUCAAAGAGAUUAUUACGCAGAGAAACUAAGCAGGUUUGGCGAUUACUUUGCUGUUUUCUCAUUUUAUGCUGGCAGGUUUCUCUGCAGAGCUCCUAGCUUUAGCGUGCACAUUUUACAACACUCCUCAAUCGGUCAGUCUGCCUUUUCAUGCGCAUGAUCGCGAGGCUGCGAGACUUCUGUUUGUCAGUGCACUGGCCCGCCAGCCCAAUGUUGCAAGGGUGGUUUUCCACUCACAGACACUACAGUAGGUGGAAGCAAAACGGCCACCAUUCAACCCGAAAAAAAGACAUUCCGAUUACUCCGAAGCUGUUCAGUUAAGGUAAAUUAAGCCAAAAAGACCUGCAUAGUUUCCCUUUAAGUGCAAAAGUUAAAUUGAACUAAAAUCAUAAAAGCUGUCAUAGUGUAACUAGAUACUUUUCCGUGAGGGAAAUUCGGGCCCUGCAUUUCUCCCAAUUCGUGAACACACACAGUACACAGUGAGGUGAAGCACACACUAACCCAGAGCAGCGAGCUGCCUGCCCAACAGCGGGGCUCGGGGAGCAGUGAGGGUGUGAUGGAAAACAUUAUUACAGUGCAUGAAAAUGCACUGUACUGUUCUUCCUAGGCUUCUUCUUCUUCUUCUUAUUACAGUGCAUGAAAAUGCACUGUACUGUUCUUCCUAGGUUUCUUAUUAUUCCAACUUCUUCUAACGC